AUGUCAACUGCAUAUCAACUAUCUCCUCCAAUAUCAACCUUACCACCUUCGUACAAUUCCAUUCCCUUACCCUCCUCGACAAAUCCAAAACCACAUUCAAACUCAAUUAUCAAUCGUCAAGAUGAGAAACAAGCUUUGCGUGACGCUCAAGUUAAGCUGCAAGAGGAAGCUGAUUACAAUAGAGGACAUCUAUCUCCUGGUAGAGUAGGUCCAAUCAGUCUUUCACCUAGCUCGGGCAGCGGAAGCGGACCCGCCAGUGGAAGUGGAAGCAGUUCUGGUAAGGGACAGGGAGAGAGUCGCAAUGGAUCUGCGAUUCCUUCAAAAGGUAUCACUGAUCGAAGAAACCCUACAAACGUUUUCACUGAAGAUGUGUUCUCGAAUACUGCAUCUCAAAUGCCAUCACAAACACAAACACAAUCAGAAUCACAAUCACAAUCACACUGGCAGUCGCAGUCGCAAUCAAUUGAUCACGAUAAGGAAGCAAGUCAACUUGAAUUAGGAGAUAGAGGUUAUCUACCCACUGGAAUGGACGUAAGAGACGCUCUGGCAAAAUGUGAAGAUCCAACUUUAGGUUGGAGUUUACAGUUCUGGGUGACUAUUGCUGAUCCAUUAACGCAACAUGUCUUCUUCGCUUGUCCUGCUUCAGGUCAAUGUAGCUGGGAUCCGCCAGUCGGUGCAUUUGUAGUACCAAGAUCACCAGAUGGAGAAUGGUGGGAGCUUGCGGAUCCAACUAGAGGUAAUAGAAGUUAUUAUUACAAUACUUUGACUGGGAAAACACAAUGGACGAGACCUGGUGGUAACGCUUUCGUCAUUCCACUUGGACUGAUUCAGCGAGCUGCUCUUCCUAGUCGUUCGACAGAAGCUUCCUCAUCUCGAAUAAUUCCAACAACACCUUCAAGAUCUAAUCGACCCCGUCAAUCGAUAAAUCUGGCUUCUCCCAACUCGCUUCAGACUCCUGUAUCAUCUGGACAAGCAUACCCUAGACCACCUCAUUCGCCCUUGAAUAGUAUACCUCGUCCUAUAUAUUCGCCUUCCAAAUCGGACAGAUCGUCAUCACUCUCUCCAAGCUCAUCCUAUAAUGAUCCACAAACUCAAACUCUCGAAGCUAUAGUUCUAGGUCAUUUCACUUCUCCAACUUCCUACAUACCGAACGGUAGUGCUCAACAAUCAAGCGAACCUCUUAAAUCUGGACCAAAAAACCGCACUUCACCUUCGCCAUCAGCUUCAAGAUCUCAUUUGUCUAUCGUAGAAGAAGGAUCAGGUAAUGAGACUGAUAUGUCUGAUAAUACGGUCGUAUCGAGUUCGAGACCUGAAGGAUGGUGGGAGAAAAGGAAAAGUCAAGUCUUAACUGUCAAAACGGGAUUCAAGAGUCCCAAUAGAAAAUUCAAAGGUUUGAGCAUGGGUGAUGGGAAUAGUCCGCUUGAUGGUAUGAAUAACUCGAUAGCUAGAGGAUCGCCGUUGAGAAAAUCUAGAACAACGAUUACUGGUCCCAUAUUGGAAUUCACCGAAUCUGCCAACGACGAUUCAGCAGAUACACCUAUAGAAACGACAGUGCUCAAUGGUAUCAAUGGAACAAGUGGUAGCACUACGCCUGGCUUACCGAAAGCCAUGCCCGCCGAACCUAUUUAUGUGGAACACAAUAGUACUGUCAAGACCAAAAGAUUGUCAACAGGCCUGCACCAUAUUCUACCUUCUGAGAUCAGUGGUGAUAUACUGGCAUUCCAGACUGAUGAUUUUGCUCGAAAGUAUUUCGCAACCAAACGAUCUGGAUUGAUGAGACAGAAAGUAUCCAUAGAAAGAAUCGUACAAUGGCAAAAAUCACCUAUAACGUCGCCCCUAUUAGUAUUAUCCAAACACCUCAACAGAGAUGCUUUAACGACGUUUAAAGUGAUUCAACAUGUAAUGGGAGAACGUGAUCGGUCUGUAGAAGGUGCAAGACCAAUGAUGUCCUCAAGCAGUCAUUUGAAUCUAGCUUCUUUGGCUCUAGGGGGAAGAAAGAAUGACUUUGGUCAUCCUGAUAGAGGUGGUAGAUUGGCCAAUGGUUUUAACGAAAAUAACAAUUCUAACAAUUCUUCAAGUGUCAAUCUCAAUGUGAAUGGGAAAUCGGAGAAAAUGCAAGUUUUGGAAGAAAUCAGGUGGUUGAUUCAACUUUGCGUUUCUUCCAGUGAAAUGAGAGAUGAGGUCUAUUGCCAGCUCAUAAAACAGCUGAGUAGUAAUCCUAAUCACGACGCUGUCGUUCUUGGAUUUCAACUAUUCUGCGUCCUAGUGAACGCUUUUGGACCAAGUAAGAACUUUGAGCCAUUCGUUCAGAAUUUCCUGAGAUCCAACAAGGAUGAACAAGCGGAUGGAAUUGGGAUCAUGUCGAAUUAUGCGAUUGCGAAGCUGGAAGUGCUGGUCGCCAAAGGAGGUAGAGGGAAAGCAUUAACAGUGGGAGAGAUUGAGCAUGCCAGUGACGCUGCAUUUUACCCUUCGGUAUAUGGCGAAUCUCUCGACCGAAUCAUGGACUUGCAAAAGAGAGCUUAUCCAACUCUGAAAGUACCUGUCAUUCUUCCUUUUUUGGCUGAUGGUAUACUAGCUCUUGGGGGUUUGACAUCUGAAGGUAUAUUUAGAGUACCGGGUGACGGUGAUAGUGUGAAUGAAUUGAAAUCUAGAAUGGAUAGGGGACAUUAUCAACUCAAAGGUAUAGACGAUCCUCAUGUGGCAGCAUCAUUGUUCAAAUUAUGGCUACGAGAACUAGAAGAUCCAAUCAUACCUUCCUCAUUAUAUAAUGACGCUCUAACAGCUUCAAGAUCAUCUAAGGAAUGUAUAGAAUUCGUUUCUUCAAGAUUACCAACAUAUAAUAGAAGAGUAUUAUUGUUUGUCAUCAGCUUUGUGCAGAUCUUCAUGCAACCGGAAGUCGUGGGUAAAACGAAGAUGACUCCUGGUAAUUUGGCACUGGUAAUGGCACCGAAUAUCUUGAGAACAACAUCAAAUUCACUAGUGACAGUAUUUACAAAUUCCUCGUUUGAAUCGAAAUUCAUCUUACAAUUACUGGAAAAUAUGAACCCUGCGGCGAUUGAUGAUGAUUACAUGCCUAGUCAUGGUCAACCUAUAGGACGGUUCUGA